AUCACAUUCGAGAACGGACGCCUCGAGGCUUCCUGUUAUUAAACGCUUUGAUUGCGUACAUAUUAACAUGAAGGUUUCUCUCUGUUGAUUUUACUCUAAAUUCAUUUUAAUCUAAAGCGUUGUGUUUUUCUGUGUCCUGUUGUUUUCGGUCAGUUAUUAUGCCACUGUCGGAUCGGUCUAGCUCUGACGGUGGAGGGGAGCCUCGCAGUCCCCGACCACGAAGACCACGGACCCGCUCCCGCAGCCGCGGACGGAGCCUGUCUCCGGACAGCUUUGGGCCUAAACUCCCCAAACCGCGUAACAGGGAACGGGAACGAGAGGAACGUGAACGAAGGUUCCGAGAGGCGAGAAACAUCAGACGGAUCCGCAUCGGAAGUCCUGGACGCAGCCGGUCGAGGUCCAGAUCCCGGUCCCGGUCCAGGGAGCGUCACAAUAACGUCAACAACCACCACAGUCAGCACCACAACCACUGGUUUGAGCAGAGGGACGGACCCGGGAAGCACGGCAGCCUCAGGGAUGAAUACUACUACGAACAGCAGCGGGACGACGCUCAGAGACAGAGACAAGAGGCUUUUAUCGCCAGGCGUCUGCAAGAGAGAGAGAGGAUCGGUGAGUUAGGUUGUCCAGAGGUUUGGGGAUAUUCACCACGAGUUAAAGAACCAGACUCUGAUGAAUUCACACCAGUUGAAGAAGACGAGAAGAACAGCAGCUCAGAAUCAAGCUCAGAAGAAGAAAAGAAGAAAAAAAAGAAGAAAAAGAAAUCUAAGAAACGAAAGAAGAAGAAGCACUCCGAGGACAGUGAGUUGGAAUCAGAUUCAGAUGAAGAAGUUGUAAAGAAGAAGAAAAAGAAAAAGAAGAGCAAGAAGUCCAAGAAGUCCAAGAAGAAGAAGGCGAAGAAGAGCCGUAAAGAGACAAGUGACUCCAGCAGUGAGGAGUCUGAGGAGGAGGAGGAGGAAGAUGCAGCUGGAGUGAUGUGGGUGGAGAAAACCUGCAUGGAUGAGCACAUGGUGGGACCUGAAGCCCCACUCACACAUAUGUCCCAGGACGACAGACCUUUGGACUUUGGUCACGCGCUGCUGCCAGGUGAAGGUGCUGCCAUGGCCGAGUACGUGAAAGCAGGCAAACGUAUCCCAAGAAGAGGAGAAAUCGGUCUGACCAGUGAUGAGAUUGCGAACUUUGAAAAGUCUGGCUACGUGAUGAGUGGCAGCAGACAUCGUCGUAUGGAGGCCGUGCGUCUGAGAAAGGAAAACCAGAUCUACAGCGCAGACGAAAAGAGAGCGUUGGCAUCGUUCAAUCAGGAGGAAAGAAGGAAGAGAGAGAGCAAGAUCCUGUCGAGCUUCAGAGAGAUGGUGUACAGAAAAACCAAAGGCAAAGAGGAGAAGUGAACAUCACAAGUUCAGUCCAGUCUUCCCUCAGAUUAUUCUUUUCAUUUAUAUUUUAUCUUGUGACUUGAGUUGUAAUGUUUUACUUUUUAAUUUUCCACACUUUGUUUCAGUGGGCUGUACAGUGUAGAGGGAGGAUCUCUACUGUAAUGGAUGAUAAGUGAAAGCUGGUCCCUAAAUAUUCACUAUAUGAACAAGUUCCUCCGGUAGUGACCUUAAAUACCUUCUGUAAAUGUUCACAGCAUAAAUAAAUUUUCCUUAUCACUUCAUCCUUCA